GCUUCGGCCCUCCCCACCGUCCCCCAGAUGUAUUAUGCGGUUUCCCAGGCGCGCGUGAACGUGGCCCCUGCGACCAUGCUGCGGCCACAGCGGCCGGGAGAUGUGCAGCUCGGGGCCUCCCUGUAUGAGCUAGUGGGCUACCGGCAGCCGCCCUCCUCCUCCUCUUCCUCCGCUUCCUCCUCCUCCUCCACGACGGCCCCCCUUCUCCCCAAGGCGGCGCGCGAGAAGACGGAGGCGCCCGCCGAGCCGCCGGGCACGGGAUCCGGGCCGGGCGCGCACGCGGGCGGCGGCUCCCGGGCAGACGCCAAGGAGGAGCAGCAACAGCAGCUGCGGCGCAAGAUCAACAGCCGAGAGCGGAAGCGCAUGCAGGACCUGAACCUGGCCAUGGACGCGCUGCGCGAGGUCAUCCUGCCCUACUCGGCGGCGCACUGCCAGGGUGCACCGGGCCGCAAGCUCUCCAAGAUCGCCACGCUGCUGCUCGCCCGCAACUACAUCCUGCUGCUGGGCAGUUCGCUGCAGGAGCUGCGCCGCGCGCUCGGCGAGGGCGCGGGGCCCGCUGCACCGCGCCUGCUGCUGGCCGGCCUGCCUCUGCUCGCCGCAGCGCCGGGCUCAGUGCUGCUGGCGCCCGGCGCCGUGGGGCCGCCCGACGCGCUGCGGCCGGCCAAGUACCUGUCGCUGGCGCUCGAUGAGCCGCCGUGCGGCCAGUUCGCGCUCCCCGGCGGCGGCCCGGGCGGCGGCGCGGGCAGCCCCGGCCUUUGCACCUGCGCCGUCUGCAAGUUCCCGCACCUCGUCCCGGCAGGCCUGGGCCUGGCCGCGGUGCAGGCGCAGUUCUCCAAGUGA